CUCCCCGCCCCCAUCGGGGAGCGCCGCGAACUGACCCCAAGUGAAGCUACAACUUUGCGGCGCCCUUCGCGGGGUCCCGAGCCAUGUCGCUGACCAACACAAAGACGGGGUUUUCGGUCAAGGACAUCUUGGACCUGCCUGACACCAACGACGAGGAGGGCUCGGUGACCGAAGGGCCGGAGGAUGAAAGCGAGGGAGCCGAGCCGGCCAAGAGGGCCGGGCCGCUGGGGCCGGGCGCCCUGGACGCGGUGCCGAACCUGCCCCUCAAGAGCCCCUUCUACGACAGCAGCGACAACCCCUACACGCGCUGGCUGGCCAGCACCGAGGGCCUCCAGUACUCCCUGCACGGGCUAGCGGCCAGCGCGGCGCCCCAGGACUCCAGCGCCAAGUCCCCGGAGCCGUCGGCCGACGAGUCCCCAGACAACGACAAGGAGACCCCGGGCGGCGGGGGAGACGCGGGCAAGAAGCGCAAGCGGCGCGUGCUCUUCUCCAAGGCGCAGACCUACGAGCUGGAGCGGCGCUUUCGGCAGCAGCGGUAUCUGUCGGCGCCCGAGCGCGAGCACCUGGCCAGCCUCAUCCGCCUCACGCCCACGCAGGUCAAGAUCUGGUUCCAGAACCACCGCUACAAGAUGAAGCGCGCGCGGGCCGAGAAAGGUAUGGAGGUGACGCCCCUGCCCUCGCCGCGCCGCGUGGCCGUGCCCGUGUUGGUGAGGGACGGCAAACCGUGCCACGCGCUCAAAGCCCAGGACCUGGCCGCCGCCACCUUCCAGGCCGGCCUCCCCUUUUCGGCCUACAGCGCACAGUCUCUGCAGCACAUGCAGUACAACGCCCAGUACAGCUCGGCCAGCAACCCCCAGUACCCCACAGCGCACCCCUUGGUGCAGGCCCAGCAAUGGACUUGGUGAGCACCGCCUCUCUCUCCGUGCGAGACUCGCGGGCCCCGGCGGAGGAGAGCAGGACUCGGCCCCGGUGGUGGUAGUUCUGGUCCUUCUUAUUAUUUUUUUAUGUUUAUUAUUCUAAUUAAUUAUUGCGGAGGCCCCCUCUUGGAGCGGCGGGUUGCACCGGGCCAGCCCUCUUCCUCUCUUCUGCGAACCUUAGCGGGGGCUGAACUCCAAGCUGGGUUUAGCGAAUGUUUGGCUCAGCUCCUCGGCUUCUUGGCUACUCCUUGGCCGGACCCAGUCGUGCCAGUACUCACGCCCUCACCUGAAAAAAU